AAACUUUGACGUGUUCGAGUUGGUUACUCACAAUUGUGUUAAAGUAACCAAGUCUGCAAGCAACUUCGUUGCUCACAUAAAAUUAAGAUAUUUUAAUAAAUUGAAACAAAAAAUACGCGAUUCUUUUGAUCCACACAAGUCCCUGCAACAUCAACAUGUCUCGAAAAUGUGUUAUGGGUUGCAAAGAAUUUAAGAAACUAUUUAGCUUCCCAACGGAGGCUAGUGAAAGAGAGAAAUGGUGUACGUUUUUGGAAAUCACAUCCCUCAACAAUGAUGACAAACUAUGCGAUGCUCAUUUUGACGCGAAUUGUAAAACACUCCGGAGAAAACGUAAUUCUCCCAAAUCGCCCGAAGAAAAAACCCCAAAAAGACCCGAAAUAAAAAAAUCAUUUCAACUGGAACCAGUUAAAAGUAAUUUCGAGGCUCCACCCAAACGUACCUACGGUCAACGUAACAACAGUGUAACAGAAAAACCAAAACCUCCACCUCAACUUGAUAUCACAAUGACCUGUUAUUGCCGUUGCCACAAUACCGAGAAGGAAGAAAAUCGUAGUCUAUUGAAUCAAGUUGAUGAAAUGACGAAGAAAAUUGCCCGACAAAGCAAUGAGAUAAAACUUCUUAUGUCUCAAAAUAAAAUCAGCGAACAUUUACUCAAAACAAAAACCAAACGAAUUGCCGAGUUGCUGUCUGGCGAAAAGUUUCUACGCAAGCAGUUGGAAUCUCUGGAGCAUAUUGUGGCCGAACAGGGACGCAUUCACAUAAAGGCUGCACCAAAUGCCAGUGAGAAUAGCAUCGCCUUUGCUCGCAUGGUAUGUGCCAAACGGAAAAUGUACACAAAAAAUGAAGUUUUAUUGGCACAAAAAAUUUACUCAGUAUCGAGUCGUUGUUAUCAUUUUAUGCGAGGAUUUUUAAAGCUUAACUUGCCGCAUCCUUCGACACUGAAACGUCAGCGUGAAAUACAAGCGGCACGCAAUGAAUUAAAUAUAAGUAGUUCUUCUUUUGAUGAGACAGAACAUGAUUUGGAAUCAAAUGGUAACCAGAUACAAAACAAUGAGACUGAGAUUAUGGAGGUAGAUUCAAAUAAUGUGGAUAACGGUGUAAUCAAAUGUCUAUAGAUAUUUUUCUUUAAAAUAUUUCUAUUUAUUAAUUUGUUGUUUAUUUUAGUAAUCUAUAUGGUACUAUAGAAUUAAAAAUAGAUUUAAUAUUAUUUUAUUAUGAUUUUUGUUACACUAAAAUGUUAAAAAGCCAAAUAAAAAUAAUUUGAACUUAAA